AUGACAACAAUAAAAGCGCGCCAAAAAGCGCGCCAAAAAGCAUAUACCACAUCUGAUGAACAUGAACAAAAUUGUUGGUUGCAUCGAGAAUUGUUUACGUUGGAUGGAGAUCAAUUACAAACAGAGGAGAAACCGUCAAAUGAGUACAUGCAAUGGUAUCACUCGCUUCCAAAUAGAUAUGCAUCGUACGAACAAUUUCUCACUGACCCUCAUCAAAAUCAAUAUGCCCCUACUCAGGCAAGUGGCUCUCAACAACCUCACCACUCACAACAUUCUCAACCUCCUCAUCCCCAAUCCUUCCAACAACACACUCCUCACUUUUCCCAACAUCAAACACCCAUCCCCAUUAUCCUGAACAACAAACUUCUAACCCUCAUUUUUCUCAACUACAAACUCCUGCCCCUUAUUUUUACCAAAAUCAAACCCAAUACCCACAAUCUCACUCCCAACCAAAUUACAUUUAUGAAUCCCAACAAUCACAAACUCAUCAUGCGGCCAAACUUCGAUUCCUCCUCCUUCCAACAUAACCCUACAACGCCUUAUUUUCCAACCAUGUGUCCGCCACAACAACCCCAAUAUAAUUUUGGCGAGAAUCUUAACGUCAGUGAUUAUGAUUUACUGGAAAACAUUUGGUCUCCUCCACAAGCUACCGCUCCUAGUCAAGAAAAUUCUCCAAUAUCAGAUGCAACACAACAAAAUCCUCCAACAACAGAGACCGAACAACAAUAUGGUUUUGGUCAUCGUGCUCCGCGACCGCGUUAUUUUUUUAUUUAG